AUGACUGCCGAGUGGCUUCACCUGCCCCCGCCGUACCCCCCCGGCGUGGGGCCGCUGUGUGGCGCAGAGUUGGAGGCGUGGUAUGAGGACCUGCAGGAUAUCCUGGGCUCGGACGCGGGAGGGGCAAAGAUGGCACGCGCCCCUUCGUGCGGAGAGAAAGAGCCCGAGUUCCUGGAUGUUCUGGAGAGUUGCUCCCUGACGUGGCUGACGGAAGGCGGUCAGACGUGGGGUGAGGGUGUUCAGAGGGCGACGGAGCAGGUCCAUAACAUUCAGCCUCUGCAUCACACCUCCUCCUGUCUGACUCCAUCAGAAGAACGGAAAACGGAGACGAGCGCGAGGAGCGGUGACGGUGACCUGCUGCCCCCUGAGUUCUUUGAGUUCCUGAGUGAAGGAGGAAUGGUGGAUUCAAGCAGUGGUUAUUAUUAUCAUCAUCAUCACCACAACCAGCAGCAACAGGUUGACAACGUCCAUCCCGCAUCUCCAUCAGCCAGUGAAGAAGAGUUACCCUGCGUCCCCGAUUCGCCGUCCUGCUCCUCAUCCUCUGCCUCGCAGUCUCCUCCUUCCCAACGCUGCUUGUCCCCAUCAUCGCCAGUGUCAUCCCCGUCCGUCUACUCGCCCUCGCGCCCGAGUAAGCGUCGGAGGAGCCAGGGCCCCGACGGCGCUUCGUCGUCCCCGGGCGUCCCCUCCCAGUCGCAGCAGCGCGCAUCCUCCUCAUACUUGUCUGCCAAAAAGAGUCGCAAGGAGCGAGAGCAGGAGAACGAAAAGAAAGUGCAGGAGCUGACGGAGCAGAACGAGCGCUUGAAAGCGGAAAUCGAAAGGUUGGGAGAGGAGGUGCAGCGGACAAGGCGCGCACUCAUCGAGAGACUUGUCAACACCAGGAAGUGA